CUGUCUCUGAUUGCCAUGUGUCUUCCCUCCUUACAGAGCCCUGAACAGGUCCUGAUGGAGACCAGGGAACCCAUGGAGUGGCACUUCAAGCAGAUGGACCACUCGGUGGGCCUCAGCUUCAAGUCCAACUUCAACUUUGCCGUGGUCGGUCACCUUCUGAAGGGCUUCCGCCAUCCCAACCCCGCCACGUUUUCCCGCACCAUCCGACUUCUCAUGCUGAUGUUACAGCUCAUCAGCAAGUACAAAAACUGUGACAAGUUUGAAGUCAGUAAGGAGAGUGUUCCGUACCUCGCCGCCUUGAUCUCAGUUUCUGACGAAGUGCGGAGCCGCUGCGUCUUGAAACACCGGAGUAGCCAACUCCUUGCCGAGGCAACCUCCCAGGAGCCUAUCGUCAUGGAAACAAGCCCCACCCAUUCCGCGUCCGGACAGAAGGACUCUGCCAAGAGAAGUAGUCGAGAUCGGGGGACACCGAAGAGUCAGAAGAGCUUGGACAUUCACAUAGGCCACCACACCCCACCACUGCCGUCCCACACCAAAGCUCACAAGUCGCUAAGCACAGACGCCGGCCUGGCCACAAAGAGACAAAAAAGCUUCGAACUUGUCGGGCAGAAGUCCCCGCGGCUGGCAGAAGCCAGCGGGGGCGGGUCUCCGAAACACGAGGCAAGCGGUGGCGACGUGGAGCAGAGCUCGCCACCGAAGGUGAGACGCGUGGCAGAACAAGCAGAAGUGGCCGCCAGGGGAGGCAGCAGGAAACCCUCGCUGUCAGAAAACAACCUGCUGUUGGAUGAAGAGGUGCUAACAGACCAGCAGACACAAGCACUGCUGCUAACUGUCCUAGCAACGUUGGUGAAAUACACCAAUGAUGAAUCAGAGGAGCGAAUCCUGUAUGAAUACCUAGCGGAAGCCAGUGUGGUAUUUCCCAAGGUGUUUCCUAUUGUACAUAGUCUGCUUGAUGCCAAAAUCAACACGAUGCUGUCCCUGUGCCAAGACCAAGUCAUCCUCAAUGCUGUACAGAGUAUUGUACAGAACGUCAUCUCACACGAAGAUGCCAGCCAACACGGGCCCUCCUACCUACAAACUUUUGGCUUUGCUUUUGUGGCCUCGUGUGGUGCAGGUGCCACGUACAGUCUCCAGCAUUUGUUCUAA